AUGAAUGGUUUGGAUAAUACCAAGACUACAUUGCCUCCGGAAGUGUGCAAACUUAUUUUCGAUCAUUUAGAUGAUCUUUCGUUGAGUUCAGUAAUCGACUAUAUCAAUCUUCUUUGUGAUGGCAAUGAUUCGGUUCUGAAUCAUUUGAUCAAGGAUAGAUUAUGUUUUAUUAAUAUUGAUAAAAAUAGUGAUUUUAGUAGUAUACCAGUGUUGGAUGAAUUGUCAGAAUCUAUAUAUGAUGGUGAAAUUGUGGUGAAGAAAUCCAUAAAACGAAUCAUCUUUAUAUUGGGUCCUGAAGCUAAUUGUGAAGAUAUCGAUUGGAAUAAUUUAAUUAUAGAAGAUAAAAUAAAGGAAAUGAGCUAUGAUAUAAUGUAUUGUGGCCCCCCAGAAAUUCAAACAAAGGAUAACGGGAAUAUCUCUGUUUUACAGAAAAUAAUGACAAAUUUACACUGUAUUCCAAUAAUUACUGAACUAAAAUUUACAAAACAUAUAAUAAUUGAAUUUGAUCUUAAGGAUCAUUCUGUAUAUGCAGGUAAAACACUCUUCGGAGCAUUAGAUGAUGAUUUUUCCAAGUAUUAUAAUGGUUCAGACUGCAUUCAAGUUCAACAAAUUUCAUUUCCAAAUUUACAAAAAUUAGAGUUACAUUAUAUGGCAUUAGAUUCAUUCAUUUAUCAGGCAUUCACUUUGGGUAAAUUACAAGCUCAUGCAAUCACAUAUAGUAUACCCACCCCACAGACAAUGUUAUAUGACUUUGUAUAUAAGAUUACAUUCUUUUAUCCAAAAUUAGAAAAGGUUACAUUUCUCAAGAAGAGUUCAACUCAAAGUUCUACCGAAACUGGUAAUUUCAUAGAUGUUUCUAGUGGCAUAUUAGAAAAAUUUAAAAAUUAUAAAGUUAAUCUAAGAUUACUUUUUCAAAUACAUUCAUUAAAGAAUUGGAAGAUGCCAAACAUUAAAGACCAUUCAGGUCAUCGUUUUAAAUAUGAUGGUAUAACAGCCUACCAACAAAAUACAGAGCUUAUUAAAACAAAUAUCGAAUUGCUUAAUGAACUAGUAUUAGAGCAGACAAAAGAUGCAACUACAUAUUUUAGAGUUAAUUUGAUACCAGAAGGUGUAGAGAAGACAAGAAUUAUUAAUUGGGCACCCUUGGAGAUCACGAAAAUGUCAGUAGCACGUAAUAAAAGUCCAUUACUGUUUCUGAAUUGUAAAUCUUUGAAAGAACUACAAUUAAAACCAAUAUUCAUUUCAGCAUGCAAAAAAUUAACUAUUCAGGGACUAUACCUUCCAAAUUUAGAAUUGUUAACUUUUUAUAAUGAUGUUAAACCAGAAUCAAAUUCCUCAGCAUACGUAGGCAAGGAAAGUUCGCCUGAUUUUGAAGUUCAAGAUAUGGUACCAGUAGAGUUUUCAUCAUGGAAUGACUUACCAGAAUGUGAAGAGAUCAGGUUCUUACCAGAAAAGGAUCCAAAUAGUACCAAUUAUAUUUUUGAUAUUAAGAAUUUAAAACAUUACCUUCCAAAAAUUUCUCUUUCAAAAAGUUUUCCUAAUUUUAUAGAUGAGAGACAAAAAUUUGUAGCUGUGUAA